AUGCCAUGUCCCCACCCCGCUGUCCCCAGCCCCGUGGUGGCCCUGGCAGGCUGGUGUCCCCUGUCACCCACAGGUGCCCAGACCACCCAGCUCCUUGUGGAGCCUCCCUGGAGGCCGGCAGUGCUGUGGGACCAGGUGACACUGACCUGCCAGGGCUCGGGGACCGCCAGUGCCACCACCUGGUACAAGGAUGGGAAGCGAUGGGGCCAGCAGGGACAAGACCAAGUCACUGUCACUGAGAGUGGCACCUACCAGUGUCACAGACCUGGCACCGGGCUCAGCUCCCCUGUGAUGGUCUCAGACGACUGGCUGGUGCUGCAGGUGCCGGCGCGGGUGCUGCUGGAGGGAGACACGCUGACACUGCGUUGCCGGGGCUGGUCGAACUACACUGUCACCUCAGUGUCCUUCUAUCACGAGGGCAAAGAACUGAGGUGGUUCCGUGAGGGGACCGAGCUGUCCCUGUCCCCGCUGCGGCUGCACCAAAGUGGCCGCUACAGCUGCAAGGGCUGGAUGGAAAACUGGGCUUGGAAGGAGUCACUGCCAGUGACAGUGACAGUGCAGGAGCUCUUCCUGGUGCCGGUGCUGGAGGGUUCCCCCAAGCCCACCGAGUGGUCCCCCCUGGCUCUCAGCUGCCUCAGCACCCCCAGCCCCCUGCGGCCCCGAGCCUCCCUCCUGCAUGUGUUCUACCAGGAUGGGCAGGUGGUGGGGGGCCCGCAGGGGUCCCCGCAGCUUCUGCUGCCCAAAGUGGGGGUCUCCCACUCGGGGAAUUACAGCUGCGAGGUGCGCUCCGAGGGGGGGGCCGUGCGGAAGAGAAGCACCAGGCUCCAUGUCACGGUGCGCAGGGUCCCGCCCUCGGGGGUGUCCCUGUUGGCGCAGCCUCCCACGGCACAGGUGGCACUUGGGGACCGCCUGGUGCUGAGCGUGCGCACAGGUGAUCCCGUGACCCUGCGCUGCUCGGUGCAGGUGGGCUCAGCCCCUGUCACCUUCACCUGGCUGCACAACGGGACAAAGGUGGCCCGGGGUCCCCUCCUGGAGUUUGAGGACGUCGAGGUGGCACAUUCGGGCACCUACCAGUGUGUGGCCACCAACCAGCUGGGACAGGAUGGGCACCGUGUGUUCCAUGCACUCAGCCCAGAGCUGGCCCUGGAGGUGACACCAUGGGGACACAGGAACACAGUGGCCGCAGGGGUCGGUGGCGCCCUUUUGUUCCUGGUCCUGCUCGUGGGUGUCAUUGUGGCCUGGCACCGGUGGCACCGUGUGGCCACCAGGAAGCACCAAGAAAGCGCCCCCUCUGUUCCCCCGGCCUGCCCAGAGGAGGGGGAGGUGCUGUACACCCAAAUUGUGACCCCCGAGAGGGCAGGAGCGUCCCCCCAUGCCACCACGCUCCAGGAUCCCCAGGUGACCUAUGCGGAGCUGCGGGGACCCCACGAGUGACCUGGGGAACCCGGUGACAUCUACGGGAGUGUGCUGUGA